GAAGAUCACAAAAUUCGAUUCCUCUUUGACUCCGCCGCUGUACCUCGCGCAUCAGCAGCUGUACCCUGUAUUGGCAGUGGCGAAUAUUUCUCUGGAAUCAGGAAAAUAUUGAAUUAGCGGCCCAUUCCAUCACUUUAUCUCUCUCCAGGAAAAAAUAAAUAUUCUCUCUCUCUUUAAUUUCGGCAACAGAAAAGGCAACGCUAACAGAUUUUGAGGUGAACUAGGUUUUAAUUAAUUCUCGAGGUAUUAUUGAAUUUAUUCGAGGGUUUUACUUUGUUUCGCUUCGUUUGACGUUCAUGUGCAAUUGCAUGCGCGCCUUCUGUUUAUAUUAUGGCGCGAUCUUUCCGUUUGCGGCGCUGUUUUUGGCUAGAUCGAGUGCUCAAUUGCAAGAAACAUCUGGCGUUGUUCUUUUGUGAUUCACCUGUGACAUGGUAAACUUGACCAGCUAAAUAUAUAGUUUUCUACUUGAGGUGCUUGCAAAAUGUCUACUGGAGAUGGUAGAAAAGUCUCUCUACAGGAUAUACAGUUGGUUCAAAAUCUUAUAGAAAGGUGUCUUCAGCUUUACAUGACCAAGAGGGAAGUUGUGAAUACACUGUACCAUCAGGCAAAAAUCGAGCCUGAUUUUACUGAACUCGUGUGGCAGAAACUUGAAGCAGAAAAUCAGGAAUUUUUCAGGGCAUAUUAUGCAAAGCUGACAGUGAAGGACCAAAUAUUGCGAUUCAAUCAGUUGCUCGAGAGACAGGUUGAGCUAAUGCAUCAGAUGAGUCAGAAUAGAGCUUCGUUGGCUCCUCUAUCCAAUGGAUCUCAGACUCAUCAUUCGAUACACAGGAACACAGCUUACAGAGAUCCACAACCUCAUAUACCAUCUCUAAAGUCGAAAAACAUGCACCCGGUGGUCAGUGUUGUACCUAAUGGUUAUACUAACGGCACUUACUCACUGCAACAACAUAUGCAAGUUGCAGCCAAUUUUCCGGGUCAUGCUGGAAGGAUGGAUUUUCAUCCCCACAUGCCAAGGGUUCAGAACUCAAAUGCAGGAAUAAUGCAAGGAUUCAACGAGAGGACCAUCAAAACUGAAGGUGUUUAUGCAGGCAAUUCCCCAGUUAUGUUUGUUCCAGACAAUAACUAUGCAGAAUCUCAUAAUGUAAUUAGAGAAACAUCAAUUUCUCCAUUUAAUGGUGGAGAAUCCUGCUCACAAUCAUUCAAUGAGUCUAUGUUGGAGACAGAGAUGAAUUCAUUCGGGGUGGAACAGAUGACUCAAAACCAUACUUUAUCAGACUUGACAGCUGAUUAUUCUAAUAGUACUGAUAUACUAGAGAGCUAUUCUAGAUCCCCGUACCUGGGAACAAAUACGAACUUGUUGAACCCUAAUAUCAGGCCAGUAGACCAAGACUAUAGGAGGUUAGAGACACUGUCAGGGGGCUUUACUUACGAAGGUUUUGGCACUAACUGAGGAAAUUCUUACAAAUGGACAGAUUGCAUGCUUUGGAUAGAGUUUUAUAUAUGUAAAUUUUUUUUUCUAGAAUUAGAGAAUGUUGAUGAUUUAAAAUGAAUAGAAAGGUACAUUUUGUUGAUGUUCACUUAGAUAACUAAUUACCCAGUGAUGAAGAGUUUGUAGGAUUUACAAGCGAAGGCUUGUAUUUGUUUACUUUGAUCAGGCAAGCUAAUUUUAUUAUCGUUAUUUAUCUCAAA